CACAGAAACAAUGAGGCAGAGGGACAGAAAGAUUCCUGCGACCCAACGCAGAGACGAUCAGUAGAGACAGAGCGAGACACGCAAGAGAGAAAAGGAAAGACACAGAAUUACAAAGGGGCACCCCAAGGGACAAAGAGGAGGAGACGGAGAGAGAACUGGGGAGACGGGUAACUAGUCGAGACCAAGGGGAAGCAGUGCGCCAGAGCACGGAGGGCGAGAGGGAGAAAGGAGACGGAGAGUUGGAGAAAUCCAGAGAGAAAGUCAGGGAGAGUUCGGACGGAAGGUGGAGGGGGCUGGGCGGGGCGCGCGGGAAUGGACCAGGCGGGGCGCGCGCAUCCCCACCAGCUCCGCCCCGGAAAGCGGGGCUUCCGGAUUCGCUAUAAAGCGAGGAGCACCCGACCUUGGCUCCAGCCCCUUGCCGCCGGCCAUGGUCUCCAACACCAGCGCCAACCCGGAUCCCGAGGCCCAGCGGCCCCCGGCGCCCCCGGGCAGCGCCUGGCGCUCGCUGCCCUGGGCGGUGAGCGCCGCGCUACUGCUGUUCGCCGGCGCCUGUGCCUUCUGCGCGGUCCGCGCCUGGGCUCUGCCCGGCGCCCCCGCCUCGUCCGGCCCCAGCCCGGGCCCCGCGCCCAGCUCGAGACUCCCCGAGGUCCCCGAGCUGCCGCCGGACGCCAGCGCCCGCCUCCCCAACACGCUGCAGGGCGUGUUCGCGCAGCUGGUGGCUCAGGAUGGUUGACCAAAGGGCUCCUGCGCUGGCACAGCGACCCGGGCCUGGCAGGUGUGUCCCUGGCACCUGGCCUGAGCUACGACGAGAGCACGCAAGAGCUGGUGGUGGCCGAGGCCGGCGUCUACUAUGUCUUCUUGCACCUGGAACUGAAACCCGUGGUGGCCAGCGCUGGCUCCGGCUCAGUCUCCGCUGCUCUGCGCCUGAAGCCGCCGCGCACUGGGGCCGCCGCCCUGGCCAUGACCUUGGACCUGCCACCUCCCUCCUCGGGGGCCCGGGACUCGCGGGCGGUCGGUUUCCGGGGCAGUCUGUUGCAUCUGGGCGCCGGCCAGCGCCUGAGCGUCCACCUGCUGAGCGUCCACCUGCCCGCGGCGGCUGGGGCGCCCCCUACCUGGCAGCUUGCACAAGGCGCCACCUUCUUGGGCCUCUUCCGCGUGGCCCCCGCUGGACUCCCCUCACCGCUGCCCACGUGACACCGGGCCUGGGUACCACCCUCUGGACGGAGACUGAAUCCUGUCUGCCUUUGUUGGGGCCCCUGGUGAUGGGGCCCAGCUACUCUACCUCACCAGGCCGGGCAGGGACUUCCUGCUGCUCACCCCUCCACGAGGACUCUGCAGAUCACUUUAUCACCCCUGCCUCAUUCUUGGUAUUUAUUCUGAGCCUGAGCUCAGACGGUGUACUUUAUAUUAAUCCAUUCGGUUUAUAUUUAUUGAGCGUCUGCCACAUGCUGGGCACUGUGCAGGGCUAGAGAAACAUCAGCCCCCCCAUCCUUAUUUAUGUUAAUAUAUGAGAAAUAAAGACUCAUUCCCAGCCCCCCUAUGGGAUUCACGGGCUAGCUUUUGGGGGUCUGCGUAGCUCUAUGCUGUGUGAGCUUCAUUCAUUCAUGCAACUUUUACUGAGCAACUACUGUGUAUCAGGCACUGUUUUAGGUGUUGGGGACACAGCCGUGAACAAGAGAGACAAAAACCCCAGCUUUGGCCAAGCUGACAGUCAGCUAGCUGGCUUGACACUGAUUGUGUGCAACCCCUUGUGUCUGGGCCAGAUGGGAGAGCAUGAGAUAGUGCAAAGUACUGUAUAAUAAA